UGAUCUACGGCAUCAACAGGCAAAGUAAAUUGACGAUCAAGAGAAAAAAAUAGCAGCUACUAAAUACGAGCAGGAACGUCCCAAAAUGAAUAAAACUUGUGCACGUUGCCAGAAAGUGGUGUAUCCCAUCGAGGAGCUUAAGUGCCUGGACAAAAAUAUGAAAUUGGGUGAAAUUGCGGAUCAUGAUCACUUUAGGAAUUCCUGUAGGCUGUGUAUCGGCAGCUGGAAACUGGUUAUCAAUUUAUAUGUGUACAAAAGGGACAACAGGUGUGCUCGAGUGAGCUUUCUAGCCAUGUUUCCCUACGAUAGCCAGAUGAAUCAGCAAGAAAAUUAUAAAUUCAAACGCGAAUGA